GUUCCGCCGAUUGGAAACAUAAACAUUUAACAUAACCUUGAAUUGCAAACGUCAUGUCAGUAAGAUAUGUAAUCUCUAAAUUUAGAAAUUCAAGAAGUUUAUUGUGAUUUCAACCCUUAGGAAACCGAAAUGGUUUUCCAAAGUGCUUUGUCUUAUGUCCUAAAUAAGUACCUGGGAGAAUUCGUGGAAAAUUUGGAUGAAAAACAAUUAAAUGUUGGAAUUUGGGGAGGUGAUAUAGAGUUGAAAAAUUUAGUCAUAAAACCAGCUGCCUUAGAAGAAUUAGAUUUACCAGUACAAUGUGUUUAUGGAAAAAUAGGGAAACUUGUAUUAAAAAUACCAUGGAAAUCCCUUUACACAGAGAGAACAGUAAUAACUGUAGAAGAUGUAUAUUUACUGGUCCAUCCUAAUCAGCAGGUUAAAUAUGAUCAAAUCAAAGAAGAACAACAAAAAUUGGACUUUAAACGUAAAGAAAUUGACAGAAUUGAAGAAGUUAAAAGGAUAACAGCAGAAAAAUUGUCGGGAAAGGCUCCUGCUAAGCAAGGAUGGACUGCAGAAUUUUCCGAAAAACUCGUCACUACCGUGAUCAAGAAUUUGCAACUUAAUAUCAAGAAUAUUCACAUCAGAUAUGAAGACAAAAUUACAAAUUCCAAGGCACCAUUUGCUUUUGGUAUCACUUUGGAUGAGUUGGCUGUGGAAAGCACAGAUUCAGAUUGGAAGAAAGUUAUUUCUGAAGAUCUUGUUAAAAUAUAUAAAAUCUUGUAUAUGGAAAAUUUGGCAAUUUAUUUGAAUUGUAAUUGUUCUGUAUAUGCUGAUCUUACAACUGAAAAAAUGUUGGAAAAACUUAACAAUGGGAUAGCGUCCCAAAAAAAACUUCCAGAAGGAUACACUUACAUUGUGGGACCAAUAAAUGCUGACGCCAGACUUAAAAUGAAUCAGAAGCCUAGUCUUGAUAAUCCAGCAUACUCCAUUCCCAAAUUCCAUCUCAACUUACAAAUGGAAACCCUGUAUGUUGGAUUGAAUAGAUGUCAAUAUCAAGAUAUAAUAGCUUUGGUGGAUUCCAUGGAAAGAAUGGAUCGGGGCUUGCCUUUUAGAAAGUUCAGACCGAAUGUAACUACUUACAAGGGGCACUAUCGUGAAUGGUGGCAUUUUGCUAUUGACUCUGUUUUGGAAUAUGAAGUGAGACGAAAGAAAAGAGAGUGGGAUUGGAAUCACAUUAAAGAAUACAGGAAUAUGUGUAGAGAAUAUAAACAAUUAUUUAAUAGGAAACUACAUAAAAAACUGAAAGACCCCGACGUUGGAAGGUUUAACGAAUGUGAGAAAGUGUUGGACUUAACCAAUCUAAUUAUAAUUAGAGAGCAAGUACAUGCAGAAGAGCGUAGAGAGAGCACAGAAGAUGAAAAAAAGGGAUGGCUCAGUUGGAUGUGGGGUGGGUCAUCCCAGUCCAGUGAUGAUCUACAAAAGACAUCAGCAAUAUCAAAGAUUAAGCAAGAAAUGACUGCAGAGGAAAAACAGCGGUUAUAUCAAGCCAUUGGCUAUCAAGAAAAUGCAUCUCCUGUUAUAUACCCUGAAGAAUAUAUUGAUACUGUUGCUACAUUCGUAUUGAAAAUGUUUACAAUAGAGUUGAGCGAUGUAGCAAAAAAUAAUAAGUUUAUAUCAGUUUUUAAAUGCGAUCUUAACACUGUCAAAUGCAGAUUAGAAACUCGACCAGCAGGACAAGGACUAGGGGUUAAAGUAAAAAUUGAUGACUUCACUGGGACAGGUUUGUCAGAUGCAGAUUAUGUGCCAUAUUUAAUUUCAUCUGAAGCUAGUGAAGGAGGCCUGUUAGAUAUUUUAUAUGAAAAGAAUCCUAUUGAUAAAAACUGCGAUCAAAGGAUUCACGUCACUGCCCAACCCUUAAGGAUUAUUUAUGAUGCCAAAACAAUUAACAAACUGGUCCAGAUUUUCACCAUUCCACCCGACUCUUCAGUUACUCAAUUACAAGACGCAGCAGUAACUAGAAUGACAGAAAUAAAAGAAAUGUCUUCGUUGGGUCUACAAUACACGUUAGAAAAGCACCAGAUACUCGAUAUCAAUAUCGAUUUUCAGGCGCCCUAUUUCAUCAUGCCUUAUGAAGGAAAAUAUACUGGUAAUGAAAAUGUCAUAGUAGUUGAUCUUGGUAACUUAAAAAUAUUUUCUCGAGGAAGAAGGCUCACAGGUUCUGAAGUGAAAAAACAAUUUGAUAAAGGCCUAAAUCAAGAAGAAAUUCUAAGCUAUAUGAAGGAAAAUGUUUAUGACAAAUUCGAUUUAGUUUUGAACAAUUUGCAGAUUAUUGUAGCCCAAAGCGAGGAAGAUUGGAAGAAAACUUUGGAAAAGCAUACUACAAUGCAGACAAGUAUGCAUUUACUUCAGCCACUUACCUUGGCAAUUAAUUAUCAUAAAUGUCUGAUAACUGACGAUCCGCGUUUACCUCAUAACAAAAUUCAAGCAGAAAUACCAUCUAUCGACAUCGUAGUGUCAGAUGCCAGAUUGAUGCUGGCUAUAUCACUGCUUACCAGCAUUCAAUUCCCUGAUGCAAAUGCCAUUCAAGAGGAUCUUCCUUUAAAAAAGACCUUCUCUAGUACGGCUAGUUUACACUCUCUGUUUAAAGAUAUACAAGUACCAAACGCUGUAACAGAACUGCCAACUCUGUCUCAACCAGAAGGCGAGAAUUCACAUGACCAAUCUACUGAACAUGUCGAGUUUCAAAUUCUUCUAGCAACUUUUGUUAUGUCUGAGUUCUCUGUGACCAUAUUGAAGCAAGAAAUAAUUUCCGAAAGUGCUGUUGAAUUGGCUAAGUUUACAAUGAAUACAAUUACAUGUGACAUGAGCCAAUUGACUUCCGUAAUGAAUGUAGAAGUUAAAUUGGUCAAUAUGCAGCUCGAAGUGAACAGAGAUACUGACAAAAUCACAAUAAUCGACACACUUAAAACUGACAGCUGGAAAAAUUCAUUGUUUAAUAUCGUAUAUACCCAAGUCGAUCCAAAAUGCCCCGACAUCCACUCUUUACACCACUCUUGUGAAAGUAGCUUAGAUGUGAAUUUCGGAUCAUUGGAUUUGGUAGUUCACAAAGAAGCUAUUUUAACGAUACUGCAAUUUUAUUCAGAUAUUAAUGAUCAUAUACUGAAUGCGACUCAAGACAAAGAGCAAGCCAAAGCUACAACUUCUAGACUGUACCGUACUAUUUCGACUUCGUCGAGUGUUAACCUAAUUGGUGGACAAAUUUUACCAAAAAAAACCAAAAGCAAAAAGAAGCGUGUGAACGAAACUAUUAAGUUUAAGCUUAGUGCCCAUUUAGAAGAAGUUUGCGUCAAAUUCUCCUCCGAUGCCAAGGAAAUAGCUAAGGCUUCCAUAUCUAAACUGGACACAAUUCUCAUCACCAAAGAAACUUAUCUACAAAUUAACGUGAAAUUGGGCGACUUAUCUGUGCGCGACUUAAAUCCAUUUUCUGUUCAUAAACAGAUUUUGUCGCGUUUAGAAGGAGAAGCUUUAUCGGCCCAGGUAGUUAUGAAUGUAAUAGAUCAAGAAGAUACCUCUGAUUUGCCCAAUAUUGUUGUAAAAGUAGAGCUAGGACGCACAAGAAUUCUAUUCUUAAAUUGGUUUAUCACAAAUGUAUUGACAUACAUGAACCAAUUUCAAGUUGCACAGGAAGCAAUAAUGAAUGCUUCUGCUGCAGCCGCUGAAGCUGCUAAGACUAAUGUGAAGGAUGCGUAUGAUAAAGCCCAAAGAGUCGCUUUGAGUAUAAAAUUGAAUGCUCCUGUAAUUUUGGUACCCAUUAAUUCGAGAAGUUAUGACGUUGUUUUCCUAGAUUUAGGAGUUAUGACAUUAAAGAAUUCAUUUUUAAAUUUGGAUAUUAAAAAUGCCGACGGUUUCCCAGCUGUUAUUGAUGAUUUGGAGAUCGCUUUAAAAGAAUUGAAAAUAUCUCGAGGUACUGUAGAUGAUGAGUAUGCUAUGGUUGAUGAACACCUUAUUUUGGAACCAUCGAAUCUUGAUUUAUUCGUAAAGAGAAACCUAUCUACCAGUUGGUAUACUGCUAUUCCAGAUAUCGAUGUAUCUGGUAAAAUUUCAAAAAUACAGUUUGUUAUAAGCAAUGUUGACUAUCAAGGAAUUAUGCAUAUUUUGAAUGGGAAUUUAGCUGAAGGUGUAGUAGAAACUGUAUUAACACAACGUGAAACAUCAAAGGAAGAAUCAAAAUCUGAAACAAUACUACCUUUAUCUAUAGCGUCAGGUGUGGAAAAAGCUGAAGUAGCUAAGGAGAUAUGGAUAGGAACGAAAAAGGAAAAACCGCACACAUCCUUAAAGUUCACUUUCUCUAUGGACCAAUUUAUUGUAAAAAUGUUUUAUCAAGCCGGAGCUACUAUAAAAAGUGGCGUGAAACGUACUGAACAAACACAAUUUGCUAGAUUCGCAUUGGAGGGAUUUUCAUUAAAGGGAAGAAUGUUAUCAGACAACUCAAUGGUAACUUCAGUAUUGUUGUUAAAGUGUAUAUUGGAUGAUAUCCGUCCAGAUCGUCAAAAUAAGUUGAAUAGAAUUAUAGAUAAAUCUCCAGAAAAAUUUGAAAAUGCUUCAGAUGCUAAGAGUAUGAUUGACAUUACUUAUCAACAGAAAAACGAUGACAGUUUUGUUGACGUGCGAAUUUUCAGUUUUACCAUCGUCGUUUCUAUGGACUACCUCAUGAAAUUCUCAGAUUAUUUUACGAUACCUGAACAGGAAACAUUAGCUCAUUUAAUGAAAGCCUCAGAAACAAGUGCUUCAACAAAACCAGUGAAGCAAUUAAAAGAAAACAAACCACCUGCAAAAGGUCAAAUGACAUUAAAUUUGAAAUUAGAAAAACCUGACAUCAUAUUGGUGGAACAUAUGGAACAUAUUGAUGCAAAAGCUAUAAUAUUUACUGCUGAAGUUCUAGUCAAGUUUCGUCAAGCAGGCACACAUCAAGUAAUUAACGGUAUAAUUAAAGAGUGUGAACUUUAUAGAAGUGUUUUUGAUCCUAAGAUUCGACUUGAUAAUAAAGUCACUAUCCUUCAUCCUUUGGAUGUCAGUUUAGCAGGUUCUACACCUCCGGAUCAAGGACUACAUUUAGAGCUCUUGGUUACAAAUGUAUAUAUUAAUGUUUCGCCGACUUCCAUAGAACUGCUUAAUCAAGUUAUGGUUUCAUUGAGUUCUGAAUCAAGCACCAAAUUAGAAACUGAAAAGGUGUUUGACUACGAAGAUUUGUGGAAUCCCAAGCCUUUUAAAGGAGAGGAUUAUUGGUUCUUAAAUACAGAAGUCGCGGCUGAUGUCUUAGAUUUAAUAACGGAACCCAAAGAACUUCAUAGGACGUUAGAAGAAAUAUGUAUUGUUUCUAUACCGUUGAUUUCAAUAGUCGUUGAAGCAGGCGGAGGCAACAAAUCUUUGCCAUUGAUAGUGCUUGAAACAGGUUUCAAGGGCACUGUUAGAAAUUGGUCUAAUGCCUUGACAUUGGAAGCUAGUUUAACUAUCCAGAUGGGUUACUACAAUAAUAAACUGGCAAUGUGGGAACCCUUAAUCGAACCUGAAGUAAUAAACGAACAUACACAUGCUCCGUGGGAAUUGAAAGUUGAGGUUGCUAUUAACGAAACUGUAGAGGAUACUACAUCCAGUCUCCCUUCUACAGAGCUCGAUUUAGAAAGUGAACAACAAAUAGAGUUACCAAAACCUGUCAUGAGCAUAGGCCUUUACUCAGAAAAAAUACUCGAAUUAACAGUCUCGAAAACUCUACUGGAAAUGAUCGACUAUCUACAGAAAACAUUCUCUGCUGCUUUGGUUAAAGACAGCGUUAAAGACACUAAAGGCCUAGAUGCUCCUUUCCGAGUUAUCAACGAGCUGGGGGAAGAUAUUACAUUGGAUUUAGAAGACAGUUCUUUCGCUCAUAUUGGACUUUUAGAGAGUGAUGCAAAUAAAGCUGAUGUUCCGUUACAGUUGAAAGAUAUAUACAAAGGCGAUGAAAAGUUACAGAUGUCUAAAGAGAUGCUAGGUAAUUCUCAUGGAAAAGCUUAUUCUCUUAAAAUCCAGAUAAAUAGUUUAGAUUCAUCUCUAUCUUUACCAGUUGUUAGAGCUGACAAACGAUACUUCCCAUUAAAUUACCGAAGCAAUAUACAUGAAAAUUGGGGUAUUAUAUCCGACAUCACAGUGGUAGAAGCAAUCACCCAUAUAGUAUUAAGGAGUAUUAUACAGGUUCACAACCACUUUGACGUCCCAAUAGACGUAUAUUUUAUGACUUCAAAAGGAAAUCAAUUACAACUAAUAAGUCAGAUACAACCAAAAGCAAAAUUAAAUGUUCCUUUAAAAGCAGUCUACACUCCUACCACAGAAUUAUUCUUUGGCGUUCCAGAUUUUUCUGUGACGGCAAAGCCUUUUGCUUGGAAGGAUCUUCAAACCAACUUGAAAGUAACCAAAGUACUCAAGUGUUUCCCUAAAAGUAUGGAGCGAGAGAAUGUACCCUUUAUAAUAGAAGCGGUGGGUGAAAUGGAACAAGUUUAUUUUGAACAAUCUAAUCGACACACGAUGACCAGUACUUGUUAUAACAUUCAUUUAAAACCUUGUGUCACCUUCAUGAAUUCUUUGCCUAUAACAGUCGUGUGUUGUGUUGAUGAGUCACCUGACGAAUAUACGGUUGAAGCUGGAGAGACUUUGCAACUGCCCACUGUGGAACCUGGUUCAAAUUUCUUAGUUAUAAGGAUUCCGCAAUAUUUGGAAAAAGAUUGGUCAUGCAGGAACGAGAUAAUCGGCGAACCUGAAGAAUUCAGUGUUUGGACUUUUAACAGUUACGAUAGUGCUUCUACAAUUGCUUUAGAUUUAGGAAUGCAUGUGGAAAAACAUAAGGGAGCUUUAGUUUUGACGUUGUAUUGUCCAUUUUGGAUGAUUAAUAAGACUGGACUUAUGAUUUCAUACAGAAAAUCUAAAAAAGGAGAAAAGGUCGAUACAACUAGUAGUCCACAGAGCUCUGAAGAUAACGUAAACGUCCUAUACCAUCCUGCAAACUUCGAGGGUCCAAUUCUCUUCUCUUUCUCGGCCAAAAAUUUCUUUGGAAAAAAGAAAGCUGCUAUAAGGAUAGAAAACGGUGUUUGGUCUGAUAAGUUUUCAAUUGACGUAGCUGGAUCAUCAGGAGUUGUUAGCUGUAAAUUCAAAGAACAAGUAUACCAGGUUGGUGUCCAGAAUAAGUUAACUUAUAACGGGCUAACGAAACAAAUUACAUUCGUUCCUUAUUACAUCAUCAUAAACGAGGCACCGUUUGCCAUCGAAUGUCAAGAAAAUAGCAGACCGGCUGACCCUUGGAUUGUCGUCGAACCAAAAUCGUGUUCACCUCUUUGGCCUAAAGAUGAGGCUCAGGAUAAAUUGAUGAAAAUACGAGCAAAGGGAACAACUCAACAUUCUGCACCGUUUAUGUACACUGACAGCCAUACGACUUUAUUAAGAUUAAAUAAUAAGUACGGAGGAUUGAAUGUCGACAUUCAAAUAACUGAAGGUAGUAUUUUAAUAAAUGUGGUUCCGUAUGAAGAUGGAUCAGCUCCUGCUUUACUAAUAAACCAUUCAAAGUAUGUCAUCAGUUAUUGGGAGAAGGAAUCAAUUCAAAAAAGGUUACUAGAACCAAAUCAUUCUAUCCUAUACACUUGGGAAAACCCAUCUGGUCCUAGAGAAAUAGUCUGGGAUAGGGGAAACAAGAAAGAAAUAGUAGAAGAUCUUCGCAAAGACAAGUACGGUGAAUUUACCCCCAGUGACGGCGUUACUGUAUAUUGGACGUCAUUUUUGGAUGGUAUGCAAAGAGUUCUUCUCUUUACACAUGAACGUUAUUUGGCUGAAUCUGCACAAGCAAGUACUAUUCUAGAACAACUCCAACAAGAGAUUACUGUCUCUAUACAUGGAAUCGGCGUAUCAUUGGUCAAUAACCUUACUAAGCAGGAGCUUAUGUAUGUUGGAAUUGCUAGUUCAGGUGUGAUUUGGGAAACGGCUAGAAUGCAUUCAGAACGAUUCAAAUACUUAGACAAACGGACCUCAGAUUUAAUAGAAGAAUCGUUCCAGGAAUGCGUUCGCCACACUGUCAUGAAUCCCAAACAUUCUUGGUUUGUGAAAGUAGACAGUAAAACGGAAAUUGACUUUAGAUCCGGAAAAAUGUACAAACCGCAGAAGAGGAAGAUCCGUCGUACUUUCUUGACCGGACUUUGGUUCCAAUUGAAGACUAGUCCAACUCAAAUGCAGGUUCACGCCAAAAUCAAUCGUUUACAAAUAGACAAUCAAUUAUACGAUUGCUUUUUCCCAGUUGUUUUAGCUCCAGUGCCGUUACCAAAAAGUGUCGCCAGUGACGCAAUUAAACCAUUUAUUGAAGUCAGUAUAGUUCAGUUGUUAAUGAAAAACAGCCAAAUCCGCCAGUUUAAGUAUUUCAAAGUAUUGGUUCAAGAAUUCCACAUCAAGAUGGAUAUUGGUUUUGUGAAUGCUCUUGUAGAGAUGUUUUCAGAACAAGAAGUUACACCUGAAAAAUUGAAACAACAAUUCUUAUUGGAUAGACAGAACGUUGGGGAAAAUUUGUACAAGCUGGCUGCUACGGAAUCCAUUCAACAACAGAAAAGCUUCUAUGAUUUGUUACAUUUUUCGCCACUGAAAAUUCACAUAAGUUUUUCGUUGGCUUCCAGUGGUUCUUCUACUGAAAGCACAGGCGCCCCUCCGUUCCUUAAUGUGUUACUUCAAGGAUUAGGAGUAACACUUACAGAUGUGAAUGAUGUUAUCUUUAAGCUGGCAUUCUUUGAAAGAAACUUUAGUUUCUUGACACAAAAUCAGUUGAUUAGUGAAGCUUCUACACAUUACAUAGGACAGUUCAUAAAACAGUUUUAUGUGCUAAUAUUAGGAUUGGAUGUGAUAGGAAACCCUUAUGGUUUAGUUUUAGGCAUAACAAAAGGAGUAGAAGAUCUGUUUUAUGAACCAUUCCAGGGCGCAAUUCAAGGUCCAGGAGAAUUCGUCGAGGGUCUAGGUUUAGGAGUUAAGAGUUUAUUCGGUCACACUGUAGGUGGCGCAGCUGGAGCUGUGUCUAAAAUUACCGGUGCCAUGGGUAAAGGUAUAGCUGCUUUAACAUUCGAUGAAGAUUUUCAGCGAAAAAGGAGAGAACAUAAAAACAGAAAACCUCAGAACGCCCAAGAAGGAUUAGCCAGAAGUGGGAAAGGUGUUGUAAUGGGAUUCUAUUCUGGAGUAACCGGAGUAUUUACCAAACCUGUCGAAGGUGCCAAGGAAGAAGGCGUGGAAGGCUUCUUCAAAGGUCUAGGAAAGGGAGCAGUGGGUCUAGUCACUCGACCAGUAGCGGGAGUCGUCGAUUUCGCUAGCGAGUCAUUCGAUGUGGUCAAAAGAGCAGCCGAAGGCCAGAAUGAUACUCUCAGGCUUCGCGCUCCCCGAUUUUUACACAACGAUGGUUUAUUGAGGCCUUAUAAUAAAACCGAGGCCUUGGGAAACAAAUAUUUGUAUAGUAUUUCAAAAGGUAAAUAUGCUAAGACGGAUGUCUACGUAGCACAUUAUGAUAUUGUCGAGGAGAAGGAAGUUUUGUUGUUGACGGAUCGGAGGAUUGCUUACAUCACACACAGCGACAUGUUUGGAAAUUGGCAGAUUGAAUGGCAUUACACCUGGAACGAAAUUCCAUCACCUGCCAAAGUAUCUCUCAAAGGUGUCCUAAUUCAAUUCUCAGAGAAGAAAAAGAAGGUAUUUUCAUCAGGUGAAUUCGCGAAAAUGGUACUUAUACCAAAUCCAAAAGUCAGGGAAGAAAUUUGCCAGAAAAUCGAAUCAUUAAGGGGUGCCUAAUUAUUUGCUUCCAAAUGCUUUAUGUAAUAUUUUUUUCUUAACGAUCUACCAUUAUUUUCUACUGAAUAUUUUUGCACGUCUUUACACUUUUUGUUGUUUGUUUCCUUGCAAAAAUUUUAUAUAUGUUUUUUUUUUUUCAUUAUAUAAUUAAUUUAAGAAGCAA